GGCUGGCGCGCGCGCUGUGCUCAUCGCGGGAAUCCCCGGCGUGGCCCCGCCCCCGUCUUGGCCCCGCCCCCCGUCCUCUCGGGCCCCGUAGCCCAGGUCCGCGGCGAGCAGAGGGUCUUCGGCGGUCUGUGAGGAUCGAUGAUUUUGAAUUCUUUGCUUGUGGUUAUUUUUGUUUGGAGAUUAUUUGUUUGUCACCGAAGUAUUCUUUGAAGAACUGUGUACGGUAUUGGAAGAUGGCAGAAGCAGUUUUGAUUGAUCUGUUUGGUUUGGAAUUGGACUCUCAGGAAAAGUGCCAUCAGACAUUACGGAAGACACUAAAUACAGUCCGACACCACCAUGCUGGCAAGGCCCAGUUCCUGUGUAUAAUAUGUUGCAGUAACAUGAGCUGCGAGUGGGAUAGUGAACAUGAUAAUUGUAAACUGGAAACAAGCAAUGAAUUUUCAGCCUUCUUGAAUGACUUUGAGAUUGUUAGUAAUCCAAGCAUGGCUGCCUCUUUGUACAUCGUUAAGCAAAAAAUUGAUGAAAAAAAUGUGAGAAGUAUUAAGGUGAUUGUACCGGUACACAGGACAACACUAAUGAAAGCUUUUAUUGACCAACUCUUUACUGAGGUUUACAGUUUUGAGUUUGAAGAUUUACAGGUAAAGGAUGGCCUUUUGAAGCAGUCCACUGAAGUGAUCACAGCUCCUGAACUAGAAAAAAUCCAGGAUGAAAUAAAAAUGUAUUUGAGAAGUCUGCCAUCCCUGAAUGGAAAAUUAACUGUUAUUACAUCCUCUCUGAUCCCAGACAUCUUCAUACAUGGAUUUACUACAAGAGCAGGUGGGAUCUCUUACAUACCAACUCUUAGCUCAUUAAAUCUCUUCAGUAGUUCCAAACGGAGAGAUCCCAAAAUGGUUGUUCAAGAAAACCUGCGUAGGUUGGCAAGUACUGCAGGAUUUAAUGCAGAGAAAUUUUACCGAGUAAAGAUUGAUCAUGCCAAUGAAGUCUGGAUUAUGGGGAAAAAAGAGCCUGAAUUUUAUGAUGGAAUAACCACAAAUCAGAAAGGAGUCACAAUAGCAGCUCUUGGUGCUGACUGUAUACCUAUAGUUUUUGCAGAUCCUGUUAAAAAAGCAUGUGGAGUUGCUCAUUCUGGAUGGAAAGGUACUUUGUUAGGUGUUGCUAUGGCAACAGUAAAGGCAAUGAUAUCAGAAUAUGACUGUCGUUUGGAAGACAUUAUUGUUGUAUUGGGACCUUCAGUAGGACCUUGCUGUUUUACUCUUCCCAAAGAAUCAGCAGAUGCAUUUCAUAAUCUUCAUCCUGCGUGUGUACGACUGUUUGACUCACCAGAUCCCUACAUCGACCUCCGUAAAGCUACUAGGAUUCUUCUAGAACAAGGAGGAAUUCUACCACAGAAUAUUCAGGACCAGAACCAGGAUCUCAACCUCUGUACAUCCUGCCAUCCUGAAAAGUUUUUCUCCUUCGUGCGAGAUGGCCUUAACUUUGGUACACAGAUUGGCUUCAUUUCAAUUAGAGACUGAGAUAUUUGACUGGAUUUUUGCAUAACUUUUCAUCCUCCUUCCAAACUGAUGGCAAGGGAAAAAUUGAUUUGUGUAACACUUACAGGAUUACAAUGGACAGUUCAUCUUUAGGGUAUAUUUUCACUAUUAUUACCAAAUCCAAAUGAUUUUUAUUUUAACUCAAAUGAUAAUUGACUACAAAUGUUUAUAGAUGAAGAUGAUUAUAAAAUGUUCUCAUUAUUAUAUAAACCAAGAAUAGAUUUUUUUGAACAUUUAUUUGUCAGAUAUGCAUAAAUUUACCAAAAUGGCUAAGACUUUUUUCCUUUGAGUCCAAUGCACUGCAGAAAACAAGUCUUACAACUAAAGUUUAAUUUUAAUAACAAUAAACAGUACAGAAAAAAGAAGGGUUAAUUUUACCCAAGAGGCAGGAUAGAAAAUGUAUUAUAGCAAAGAUGACACGCGGGCCAGAGUAUGUAUAGAUUUUUAACAAAUUAAGAACAACCAUAACAGUGAAGGAACAUCAUGAACCAGAGAAUGGAACUCUGGAAAUUUAUACCAUGUCCUAGACACAGAACAGUGUGGGCAGAAUGAGGACUGGACAAACAGGUUAGAAAUAGAAUGGUAGGAGUCUCAAAUGCCAUGUCAAAAGUCUGGAGUUUAUUUUCCAGGCAAUUGGUAGGCAUCAAAAGCAGAGGAGUGUUUUUAUUUCCUUGUUAUCUAAUAUGAUGAAUUUGUAUUGUGAGACAAAGCAGAGAGAUUAAAUAGGAGUCAGUAAAAAUAUUUCAGAAAAGAAUGAAGUCUCAAUAAAGCAGUAGAAAAUAAAAUGGAGAGUAGAUGGAUUAGAGAGACUAUUGGAGAGAUGGAAUCAAUAGAUAAUAGAAUUGAGAGGUGAGGAAGAUUAGGCAAGUCAUUGAUGAUUCCAUAAUUUCUGCUUAGGUAGUUACCAAGAUUGCCUUUGUACUAUAUGAAAUAUAUAGGUUGGGUGUUGUCCUUUAUACUCAGGUGAGAAACUGAGCCUCCUACAGGUGAAGUUUAAAGUCACGUAAUUUGUGAUAAGACUGGAACAUAUAUUUUCUGAUUUAAAUUUCUCAGGUUUUACUGUUAAGGCUACCUAAAUUUUAUUUAUAACUUUACAUUAAUAUUCUUUCUUCAUAAAUCAUUUAAAAUUUUUGUUGAGGUACUGGGAUAGAUUAAACAGAUUUAUAGACAUCAAGAUGUUUAGUAAAGUGAAAGUUAAUAAGCCAGAAUAUUGUAGUAUGUGUUGUGAGUUUGCCACAGCUUGGUGUCUUGUUUAAUUUAAUUCUUCUGUGCAUCUGAUAGCCCAGUGAGAAAUUUGAAAUAAGUAAAAUAUUUCAUUUCUUACAAUUCAGGGAUGGCAUUGAUCACAUAUAAUCUAGAAAUUUCAGAUUCAUGCAAAAUACUGUUUCGUUUAAUGGUAACAAUAAAGCUUAAGAAAUAAUUUCACAUAUUGAGAAAGCUUGAUGAGUUUCUAAUUCACUGUGUGUUAUUUUGUUUAAAGUUGUAAUUUACAGAAUAGCAGGCAGUCACAUUUUAUUUAAUAUAAUAUUCUAUAACCAAAUAAAUUUAUUUUAUUAUCUAUGAUUUUGGAUUAUCUGUGCCAAAGUAUCUAAUGAAAAGUUGUCUCAUUAUUAUUACUGAGAAAUAUUGAUUCAGUAACUACCAUGUUGUUAAGCAAUCAUGUCUUAUUGUCUCUGCAGUAUCCUUGCAGGAUAUAAAAUAUUGAUGUCUAUUAGGUUUUGUUUUUAAUUUAGGCCCUACUAACUGCACAUAGGUAAUGUUGGCUGCCAUUUUACUAUAAGUGGAGUUAAUUUGUGAAUUCAGUGAUAUUUCAUUGCAUGACUUCUACUGAAUUGCUAUCAAACUAAAAUUUAAUAGACCGUAUGGUAAGAACGUGGUCUUUUUGUGUCGCUUUAAAUUGUUAAGAACAGGAACUGUCAGCUUUAUAAAACUAAUGAAAUAAUUUUAACACUAGGGGGCAGUGUUUCUACAAGUAGCACUGUCAUUUCUUGGCAUAAAGUCAAACCAGGCUCUUUCAGCCAGUGUAAAUUUGGUUUUCAUUAACAGUCAACUUUUUAUAAACAUUGUAUCUAAACAUGCAGAUAUCAGUUACGCAUUUUGAACAAUUGCUUCCAAAAUAAAGAUAAAUUAUUUUA